AUCUAAACACAAACUAACUUUGGGUUAUUGCAAUAUAAAAUUCUCUCUUCUAUAUAAUAAAUGGGAGUGUGCCCCUUCCUUUGCAAAAUAGCAGCAUAGAAUCUCAAGAGUAAAUAGAAAUUUGAGUGGAAAUGUUGCAUGUAAAUGGAGGUAUGGGAGAUACCAGUUAUGUCAACAACUCACUACUUCAGCGAGAGAUAAUAUCCAUGACUUGCUCAAUUGCAAAGGAAGCCAUUACCAAUUUCUACCAUCAAAACUUUCCAACUUCCAUAACAAUAGUAGACUUGGGUUGUUCUUCAGGAUUAAACACUCUAAUAGUUGUUUCCAAUCUGAUCAAACAAGUAGAAGAGAUUCGUCAAAAGCUUCACAAAAAGCCUUUGGAGUAUCAAAUCUUCUUGAAUGACCUCCAUGGAAAUGACUUCAAUGCCGUUUUUAGAAUAUUACCAAGCUUCUUGGAAGAUUUAAAGACCCAUAUUGGAGGAGAUUUUGGUACAUGUUUCUUCAAUGGUGUGCCAGGUUCUUUCUAUGCCAGACUCUUUCCUAGCGAAACUGUGCACUUUUUUCAUUCAUCUAGUAGUCUCCAUUGGCUCUCUCAGGUUCCUAUGGGGAUACAGAAUAACAAAGGAAACAUUUACAUAGGUAGUACAAGUCCAAAGAGUGUGGCUGAAGCUUAUUAUAAACAAUUUCAAAAAGACUUUUCAAUAUUUUUGAAGUGUCGAGCUGAGGAAUUGGUAAUGGGUGGACAUAUGGUCUUAACAUUAGUAGGAAGACUAAGUGAAGAUCCAUCAAAAUCCGGAGCUUAUUAUAUUUGGGAGCUCUUGGCUUUAGCUCUCAACACCAUGGUAAUUGAGGGAAUUGUGGAAGAGAAAAAGGCAGAUUCAUUCAAUGUUCCAUUCUAUAUGCCAUCACCAAAGGAAGUUGAAGCCGAGGUUGUAAAGGAAGGAAGUUUCAUCCUCAAUCUAUUGCAAGUUUCAAGCAUUAACUUAAACGUUCACAAGACUGAAUUAAGCUCACUAAUUAAGUCUAUGGCCGAUACUGAUGGCUAUGAUUUUGCCAAGUGUAUGCAAUCUGUGGCUGAACCACUUUUGAUUCAUCAUUUUGGAGAAUCCAUUGCCGAAGAAUUAUUUUGCCGACACAGAAAGAUUGUUACUGAUUGCAUGGCAAGAGAGGAGAUUAUGGAAUGUAUCAACCUCACUAUCUCCUUAACUAAAAUCAAAUGAUCCAAAGUUGCUACAAAUUAAAUAUGCCAUGUGAUUCAAUCAUUGAGAUGUUGAAUACAAGGCAAAUAUCGGAUUAUCAUAAUAAAAUAAUCUCCAACUUUUUAU